AUGGCUCUACAACAAAGAGAUCAAGAUAUAUUGAAUGCUAUGUCAAUGGUGAAGUCCACUAAAGGACAGCUGCAGAACCUUAGAGAUGAUGGAUGGGAUGCUUUUAUGGAGAAAGUUCUCUCCUUUAGCGAGAAAAAUAACACAGAAAUGCUGAACAUGGCGGGAAACUUUGUUAAUUCAAGAAUGCCAAGGAAAAUAACUAAUAAAAGCAACUUGCAUCAUUAUAAAGUGAAUUGUUUCUACACCGUCUUAGAUAUGCAACUUCUAGAGUUUAAUGAUCGUUUUAAUGAGCAAGAUGAUAGAUUUACUACUUUGAAGAGUCUUAGAGAUCUUGCUCAGGUCAUGGUGGAGACAAGGAAACAUCUUUCACAUCUUUUGAUUUAUCGACUUGUGAAGCUAUCUUUAAUCUUACCUGUCGCGACCUCAAGCAAUAAAAGAUGUUUCUCAGCAAUGAACAUCGUGAAGACAACAGCCCGCAACCGUAUUGGUGAUUAG